UUUCCCGGCCAGCCUGCCAGCUGUGCGCCGCUCCGUGACUUCUCCGCCCUCUCCGUCAUCUCCACCGGGGCCUGCCGCCGCCGUCUCCGGGAGACACUCAUGGAGCUCCGGUCGAUGCUCGCCGCCGUCCUGCUGCUGUCCGCCGCCUCGCUGCAGCCGGUGUCCGCCGCGGCGUCGCGGACGGGACCGAAAGUCACCGAGAAGGUGUUUUUCGACAUCACGGUGGCGGGUCACGAGGUCGGCCGAAUCGUCAUCGGCCUGUUCGGCGAGGUCGUCCCUCUCACUGUCAAUAACUUCGUCGCCCUGGCAACCGGAGAGAAAGGUUACGGCUACAAAGGCACCAAGUUCCACCGAGUCAUCAAGGACUUCAUGAUCCAGGGAGGAGACUUCACGGCCGGAGACGGGACCGGAGACACACUGAAGUACAACUCGGUGGUUCACACCAUCGAGCUCCAGGACACCAACGACAGGAACCUGCCGUACACCGAGUGCGUGAUCGUCAACAGCGGCCGGAUCCCCGUCAAGGAGCCCUUCGUGGUGGAGGUGGAGGGCUGGUAGAGCCGCCUGACAGGAAACAUGAGCGUACACCGGCGGUCGAUCGGGAGUCACACUUACAGCGUGCCAAAUUCACAUUUACACUGCUUUAGCAUGUUAGCAUCCUGAUGCUAGCAUGUUAGCAUGGAGGUGACGGUCAUUUCUUAUAAAAAAAUAUCUGAGU